AUGAUCAAACUCAUCCACACUCUUUUACUCAUCACGAGCUUCUGCCCCACCCUCCUAGCUGGCAUUCCAGACGAACACCAAGAGGUCGACGAUAACAACGAGGCAGAAACAAUAGCCAAAGUGAAGGUUACCAUCCCGAAAUACUCUGAGUGGAUUAACGGUGAGGACCAAGCGGAUUACGAAAGGGGUGAAGAUUCUAUAACGUACGGGUUCACACAGAAGGAAGUAGACGAAAACAAGAAAUACCCAUUCGUAUGGACGACUUUGGAUCAUGUUGAUGUGCCCAAGACGAUGUUCCCUACGCCCUUUUGGAACAUGUCUUGCAAUGUCUCUGCCGGUCAAGCUUUCGAAGGUACCGCCUCAUUCACCCUGAGCGAUAAGAAACCGUGGAUCAAUGUUGAUGAAGCCAAAUCGUGGGCUGGCAUUUCAUGCAGUGAAGCUAAAUGUUUGGCUGAGGCAUGUAAGGAUGAGGAUACUCCUGUGAUUGAUACUUUCCUACCUUGA